AUGGGGUGCCUGCAGGCACGUGGGAUGUUGCUGCUCCCCGUGCUGCUGGUGGCGGCGGCAGUGUGCUGGAUGCCGCUCCUCAUCAGCAGCGUUGUUGGGGAGGUGACGCUGGUGGAGGAUGAUGCGGGCGCGUUUCACAUCAACACAAGCGACCCCAUGAGCCAACCGCAUGUUGAUGAGUACCGUGUCGGAGCAGCAGAGCAUCAGAGCACCAUUGAUCGUGUCUUUGGCAGCAAAGUGUGCACUCCCAGCGCCAGCACGUUUGGCCAGCUCGGCUCAGCAGGAAGCAAAUGGCUUGGGGGUGUGCUGGCGAACAACGGCCUGAUCUAUGCUGCGCCGUACAACUCCCCUUCCGUCCUCAUCAUUGACCCAAGCACCAACAUCGUCGACACAACCACAAUCUCUGGACUCAACACGGACUCAGCGAAGUGGAGUGGUGCUGUCCUGGCGCACAACGGCUUCAUCUAUAUGUUCCCUUCGAACAGGGAGACAAUGCUCAUCAUCGACCCAGACACCAACACCACUGAUACAUCGAGUAUCCACUCACUUGGGUCAGGUGAGCGCAAGUGGUACAGUGGUGUGGUGGCCGCCAACGGCAUCAUCUUCGGCAUCCCAUUUUCUGCAACCUCCGUGCUGAUCAUCGACCCCGAGACAAACACAGCCGACACCACCACGCUGUCCGGGCUGUCGAGCCAGCAAUACAAAUGGUACGGCGGUGUGCAAGCGGACAACAGCCUUAUCUACUGCAUUCCCUUGACGGCUCCUUCCGUCCUCAUCAUCAAUCCAGAGACCUUCGCGAUGGACCUCACCGCCAUCAGUGGUCUGGAAACAAACGCUAAGUGGUAUGGCGGCGUGCUGGCAAGCAAUGACCUCAUCUACGCCAUCCCAGGUGCUGUUGAGACGACACUCGUCAUCAACCCAGCCACCAACGCAACCGACGAGCUUGUCAUCGCCGAAGCAACAAGCUUUCGAAAGUGGGUUGGUGGUGUGCUCGCACCCAACGGCAAAAUCGUCGGCAUCCCAAAUGGCUCGCAAUCAGUCCUCAUCUUGGAUCCAACCACUAACACCACCGACACCACGACCAUCAACAAUCUUAGCGGCAACAACAAGUGGUGGGAUGGCGUGCUUGCACCAAAUGACCUCAUCUACGCCAUUCCACAUUCUGCAGAGUCGGUCCUUGUGAUUGACCCUGGGUGCUGAGAUGCUUGCAUGCGCUUGUGUGUGCAUAUGUACACGUGUCUUUGUGUCUGCCUGUCUGCCUGCCUGUUUGUCUGCCCGUC